AAAAUGUAAUCUAUUAUGUGUGCUUAUUGUGCAGAGCAAGUUACUUGGAAGAGCGAUGAUUGUGGAGAGGAUGGCGAAGCAGCAAGAGUGGUCCACUCUUUAUUACGAUGUAGAUUUGAGUUUAUGUCACACUGUAAUUUGCAUUUUCUUGAAACUUUUGUGUUGAAUCAAAUGUGUGUAGUUCAAUUUUCCGAUGACGUUGUUUGUUUUACUUUGUCGCAGAUGGUGGUACCCCUACUGGAUACUGAGAGUGCUCCGCACUGGUUUGCAGGGAAUGUGAGCAUGGAUAAUACAACAGUGGAAAUUAGGGACUCGUUGUCUUCUGCAAUGCAUAAGAGGUCACGUCGGAGCACCUGCGUAGAGAUGCUCCAGACUUUGGACCAAUUGUUUGCCCCUGUCAAGCCAGGAGACCUGAAUUUCAGCGAAUUUGUAAUUAUUUCUUCAAGCAAGGACUACCCACAACAACAAAAUGGCCACGAUUGUGGACUGUUUGUAAUGAAGUACAUGGAAUCACUAUUCGAGGAAAAUGAAAUAAUGGAAGAGGUAAUGUAAUGUUGAUUUCUUUAGUUUAAGUUUUCAUCCAGUUAACUAACUGUUUAUAACGAAAUUGAGGUGUCAAUCUAUUUU